UGCACGAGCGACUUGAACUACCUAGAUUUGGAACUAUUUUCAUAUAAAUUGUGAUUUAACUAGAAUUACCAUUCAGUGGAUUAUUUGGAAUUUGAAAACACAAUACUAAAUUGACGCAUCCACACAUUUUGGUAAAAAAUGUAAGAAUGCCUUAGUUGUAGAUAAACCCAACUGGCACGGCUCUUGACGGGUCAGGAGCAGCAAGCAAGCAAGCAACUGCUGGGCUAUUCUACAGCAGUAGCAAAAAUCAAAUGUACAACCUUUGAAAUGUAGGCCAACACCAAGCCUUGUGUGGUACAUAUUUCUGUGCUAUGUAUUCCUGGCUGAGUGUGACGGGUAAAUAGAGGAAGCUGUUCCUGGUUUUGGCUGCAACAAACUCUGGCAGUAUACAAGGGACGUGACAGUGAUUUAGACGUAUUUCCGUAGACUUUCCACGCGACUAUAGGAAAAGCAAAAGAAAGAGUGAAUUUCAUUGGUGAAUCAAACUGUGAUAUAAGUUUUUAGUAUUUAUUCCUACGAUUAUUGAAGUAUAUUUUAAAAUAAUUUAUACAAAAAUAACGUUACUAAACAUAAAUAUCAGAGCACCGUACAUUCAUAAUUCGUGACACCUGACUGAAACAUUUGAAUACGGUUUAUUUUAACUAAAGCUAAGAAUCUGUAGAAUAUGUGUAGAAAAGUACGAAAACGACAAUAAUUUCUACGGAACAUAAAUUCACCUAGAAAGAAAACCUGGAGCAAACCCGUGCCUGCUCUACUUUUACAAGUGUUCACUGGAACAUUGAACCAGGACAAGGGGCUCAGCUUUUUUUUUGAGCAAGAAGUCACUGCUAUAUAACACAAAUACUACAGGAAUGUGGUCAGCAGCAUUAUGCACACUCGGUGUAUCUAAACCAAUUUGGGGAUGCAAUUGCCUAAACUUUCGACAAGGAAUGGCUUCGGAGUCUCGCGGCAAGAGGCCUUUAAAAAUCUGGGACAGUUGGCGCAAUGUCCGCAAAGGUCUCGUCGUAGGUAGUUUCGAGGAACUAAUAGUUAGAGGGAAAGAUAAACUAGGAGUACCUGCAUCAGAACCGGUUCGAUUGGUUCUAGAAUGCGAUGGCACUCAAGUAGAGGAUGGAGAAUAUUUUCGGACGCUAGCCAACAACACUGUGCUGUUACUGCUGCGGCAGGGAGAGAGGUGGUACCCAACAGGUGUCGAUGUGAUCAAAGCUGCGAUAUCUGCCAUACCUAAAAUCGUCUGCGAGACUAUACAUGCCUUGGAACUGCAGGAUGAAACACCAUCUUGGAAGAUUAUGGAUAACAAGGGACGUGUCACCGUUGUUUUGCAUUGGGAUCAACGACAAGGUGGUCAAGGAGGAGGUCAAGGUGGCAGCAGUAGUGGUGGUGGAGGAGUACUGAGUAAUGGUCCUAGUUCAGAAAAAUUUUCACCUUCGAAGAAAAGCUUAUCGACUCAAAACUCCCUGGACAAAAGUUCGGUAUCCAGUCAACAACGAUACCCUAGUCCACAGAUAACGGUAAUCAAUCACGAUGACCCACAGUCAGCCAUCUACCAUUCAGCGAGACGACUAUCGAAACAGGGUGGUUCCUUUGAUAGUGCUGUGGGAGCUGUGCAUAUUCACACUCCUGAAUGUGCGCAUCAUGCCCACACACCUACUAGAGCUGGUAGUCCUGGAGCAACCGAAUGUGACUUCCACUGUUGUGCACUGCACGAAGAAGGACGAAAGAUUGCGGUUCAUAAAAACGUGGCCACAUCCCCCAUUCAGGAUGGCUCCGUCAGCCCUCAACCGCCACCUAGUAGCCUUUCGGACUCUCGACGGACGUCGGCUUCUAAAGGACACGUGCGCUUCCUUGACAUUGGCCCCGAGCGGGACAGUUCCGAAAGUGAAACAGAAAAUACCGUCAUGGAAGAUGAAACUAUCACGUCGGAAAAGUUUCUGCUACUAAUCGAUCAGCUGUCGGUGGAUCAGAAGCGACAUCUUAGCAUUAAAGAUAUUGGAAUCAUCCUCGAACGACUAAGUUCCAAAAUCCUAGACGUAGAGCGGUUGGAUCGCGAGAGUGAGUCUGACGAUUGCUACAACUGGACUAUCAAAGCAACGAUUCGUGGUGAUGCGUUACGUGAGUUAGGUGUUAUAUAUAAUGGUAAUUACUAUGCAAUAUCGGAACAUCCUGGUUACAAAGAAGAAAACGAAGAAAAUGGUGAAGAUGUCGAAGAAGAGGAUGAAGAUCGGUUAUAAGAACGAAAAAAAAGUUUGCAGUGGCGGUAGUGAACUGCACACAAUAAAUCAAGUUGGUUCGGAAUGCAAAAAAAGCAGAAGUUAAUUUAGAGAACACGAAACUGUUAGCAGUAUGCGCACAUUAUGGUUGACAAAAUCAUGCGUGUGUGGUAAGGGUGUGAAUCCGGAGAAUUGUUAGGGCGUGUGAUGCCACAAUCAGUGCCAUUUCGAGCCGCGUGUGGAACUGUGAAAUGGAACCGGAACUCGAAAGCCACUCUCGAAAAACACAAAAGCUGCCAUUAAAACAAGAAAAAUCGUAUAAAAAUAACUAAUUUAAUUUGUGAAGGUUAUUGCAAAUAAAUAACAAGAUAUCUUAAACCUAAAAGAAAAAAAAAUGGAAACGCACAUCAUUGUAACCGUUACAUAAAAAUGAAGCAAUUAAUAGAAAUCAAUCCAAUGCAACAGGCAAGUCGAAACAUGAGUCGACAAAACUGCACCGGCAUACAGUGACAAGACAAAGAAGAAACGAAAGUUCGAAAUUCAAAGUGAGGACAAAAUGUGGACAAAAUUUUAAGAAGCAAACAGUAAUGCAUACCUUAGGCAUCAGUCGUGUCUAAUUUCAUGAUAGAGUUAGUAGGUAAAACAAAAUGUGGGAUACGAUUGCCACGAAUUACAAUAACGGGGCAAAACCUUGUAAUCAAUAAUAAUGGUAAAAUAGUAACGCUGUAAUUACCGAAAUAAUGUAACCUGAAAAGAAAAAAAAAGCAAAACCAGAUAAAAACGUAAAUUCGCAGUCGUAUCGCCAAAACUAGAAUUUAAAUCAAAACAAAAUAAUAAUAUAUAUUAUAUUAUUAAUAAAUUAUGUAUUUAAAUACGUCAUUUCUGUAGAAAUGAUCAACUUUUUACUAAGAACAAAAGAAAAAGUGAAAAUGAAACUAUAGUUAUGUAUCAAAUGAUUACCGGAUAAGUCAAUGUAUUUGUACACUUGCACAUAUAGCUGUGUAUACGUAUGGAUUCCUGCAUGUACGUGUGUAUAUUUGUAUGUGUAGGUGUGUAUGUGUGUGGAUGUGGGCAGACGUAGUGAUUGAACCACAGAGUAAACACAAAUCACGAUGGAAACUGAAAGGUAAAGUACCUAUGCAAUAAUUUCCUUUCCAAGUUUUCUUCGUUGUUUGUGUUACUUGUGUCACUCUGAAAUAAGCAAAUCACACAUAAUGGUCUAAUCUCGCACCAUCUAUAACUUAAAUAGUGGACAAACAACAAGCAUAAAAAACUCACACUUAUUCUGGCACUAACACUACUACCGGUGAAAAUCCCUAGAGACGUUUUAACGCAUACGUAGACACACAAAAACUAUAUAAUCCGCUAGUAGAAGGUACGUAACAACAACAAGAGCAACAACCAACAAACUAACAACAAGUCUAUUGAAAACAAAUCAUCACAAAAUCAUCCGUUUAACAUUAGAUGGUCUCUUAGCUAUAAAUAUUGUGUGCAUUUUACUAGUCACACAUACAGAUACACAUGCACAAUCACAAUCACAGUUGCUAAGGCAGACAGACACACACUGUAAAACUUUUCACAUUCCCAUAUUCACACACAAAUACACGCGAGCGUCAUCUCGGCUACACGUAUGAAUUGAAAUGAUACUUACCUACCUGUGCUGUACCUAACUAGCCAACAUAGACAAAAUCGGUACAGAUUAGCACAUACACAGUACAGUCACACAG